GUGCAUGCGAAGAAAAGUUUGUAAGGGGAUGUGGUAUUAAUCUGAUAGCGAAAGAGUGGUGCAUGUACGAUGUUAUCAUUUGUAGAUAUGUGGGCGUCAUGGGGAAGGAGUAUAUGAAGAAGCUUCUGUUCCACUUGGCUUUCUCUCUCUUCUUUUCCCGUAGCAUUCUUUCUUUAAAGUGCCAGCCUCGUUUCCAUCUCCCGAAUUUCCUUCAGUAGGACACCCUUCAAGAUGUAUUUCCCCGUCCUCUCCACCCUUACCGCUCUUUCUCUCCUCUCCCUCACCUCCGCCCGCUCGCUUCCCCGCGCCUCAAACUCCAAGAUCUCUGUCCGUAGUGCCGUUCCCUCCAGACCAAGAAGUAUUCCCGUCGUCACAGACAAUGUUUUGGAACUUAACAAAAAAUCUACCGGCGGCUCUAAAGUCAGAAGCGCAGCUAAAUUCUUGAAAAAUUUGGAUAUUGUCAAUGGAAGUUCAUCUGCUCUCGUCAGUUUAUUUGAGGGAGAGGAAUUUGCUACGGAGAUUACAUUUGGAACGCAGACUUUUGAGGUUAUUGUCGAUACCGGAUCUAGUGAUACUUGGUUAGCCGAGACUGGAUUUUCUUGUAUUGAUCUUGAUACCGGAAAGAGUGCCUCCGCAUCCACCUGUGGAUUUGGCUCAACCUACACUAAAGAUUCUACCUUCAAAGCUAUCUCAGGAGAAGAAUUUUCCAUUACAUAUGGCGAUGGAGAGUAUCUUACUGGUGUUCUUGGAUCGCAGCCCGUGACUUUUGCCGGUAUCAACGUAACCACUACUGUCGCUUUGGUCACUUCUGCUGCAUGGGAAGGUGACGGAACAACCAGUGGUUUAGUCGGUAUGGCGUAUCCUGGAAUCACAUCUGCCUACAAAGGUUCCACCCAAGUACCCUACAACCCCAUCUUCACCACCAUGUACGAACAAGGACUCGUCGAUUCCCUCUUCAGUCUCGUCAUCGAGCGCGACGUCUCCGGCCCCGCCGGCUACCUCGCCCUCGGUGGUGUCCCCCCCGUCGAUUUCGUGCAAGAUUUCGCCAGCACCCCCAUCCUCGUAACAUCCAUCUCCGGAUACCCCAAAGCAUACGAUUUCUACACCAUCAAAAUCCAAGCCGCGUAUCUGAACGGAAAAGCCAUUUCCGGCGCUUCGACUCCUACCUACAUUGUCGAUUCGGGAACUACUCUCAACUACUUCCCUACCAAGAUGGCCAAUGCUAUCAACAAGGCUUUUGUGCCGGCUGCCGUGUACAGCAGUGAUCAGGGCGCGUACGUCGUUUCUUGUACUGCUGUUCCACCUGUGUUCAGUAUUGAGAUUGGUGGUACAGUCUUUUAUACUAACCCUCUCGAUAUGAUUCUCUACGCUGGUACUGACGACGAUGGAAACGAUGUUUGCAUUAGCGGUAUUGAUGAUGGUGGAAGUGAUACUGCCGACGAUUUGUUUAUCCUGGGCGACACCUUCCAGAAGAACGUCGUUACUGUUUUUGAUGUUGGAGCUGGCGUGUUGCAAUUCGCUGCUAGGGAGAACUAUACCAGCAAUGAUACUUACUAGGCGGAGCAAAGAAAAGGCGAAGUGGUUAAAAGGGAAGUUGCCAUUUUGGAGAUUGAAAUGAGCACGGCUGGGAGGUUUGAUGACUUUAUUGUACAUAUUGAAAAGUUAAGAUGAAUAUAAUGAAUUUAUGCAAAUACCA